AUGCAAGUGUUCGUCAAGACCUUGACGGGUAAGACGAUCACCCUCGAGGUGGAGUCUUCCGACACGAUCGAGAAUGUGAAGGCCAAGAUCCAGGACAAGGAGGGUAUUCCUCCGGACCAACAGCGUCUGAUCUUUGCCGGUAAGCAGCUGGAGGAUGGCCGCACGCUGAGCGACUACAACAUCCAGAAGGAGUCGACGCUGCACCUGGUGCUUCGCCUGCGUGGUGGUGCCAAGAAGCGUAAGAAGAAGGUCUACACGACCCCCAAGAAGAUCAAGCACAAGCACCGCAAGGUCAAGAUGGCUACGCUCAAGUACUACCGCAUCAACGACGAUGGCUCUGUGAAGCAGCUGCGCCGUGAGUGCCCCUCGCCUGAGUGCGGUCCGGGUAUCUUUAUGGCCUGGCACCACAACCGUCAGUACUGCGGUAAGUGCCACCUGACCUACCUGUUCCAGGAGGGCACGACGAAGCCCGAGUAA